GAGCGAUGCGGACGAAUACAAUCGCACUCUAUAUGAGCCAGCAGUGUUUGCGGGAGCCCCGGUGUCGCUCCAAGUGGUUGCUCGCCGAUUCGAGGAUGGCCUGGCCCUGGCAGCGCAAGAGCUGAUUGGAGACGCUCUCAAGAAUUAAUCGAUCGGGUGGCGUUUGCGAAUCAGGCUCAAGGUGGUAAAAAGCCCUGGUGAGAUGGGAGUGUGAUACUGAGGGUUUGCGGCUCCAUGACAGCUUGAGAAAGGGGUUAUGGGGAUUGUUGUAACUUUGGGACUGCUGGCUAUAGAGUCUGGUCUACUCGCACGGACGCUGUAUUCUCUUCUCCCGCUGGCAGCAGCAGCGGGCGGGUGAAGUCGAGGCAUUUGGAAGUAUAUUAUAGACCAAUCAGCCCCGCACACGCGCAGUGGUUACAGGUGGUUACCAUGUGGCUGGUGUAGGGACACACAUGUCGAUGAGACUGAGACCGUUCGGACCACUACAUCCGUGAAAUGGCAGAUGAUUUGAUUAGUUUGGUUCGAGGCACACAACGGGCGCAGCGUCUUGACGUUGAUUCCCUACGACCACCAGACCAAACUCCGGAAGAAUGUCCUCCAAUGGCCUGAUCUGCUUCACGAAUUGCCUCCUUCCCCAGGAGGACGGCACCUUUGUCGAGAAGGACCUCUGGAUCGACGAAACGCGCGGUGUCAUCUUGGAUGCUCAGAAAACAUUCUUCCUGAGACGAGAGCGGCCAGACAAGAUCAUCGACCUUGGCGGGAACAUCCUCAGCCCUGGCCUGAUCGACAUCCAAAUCAAUGGCGGUUACGGCUUCGACUUUUCCGUUUACGAAGACAACGAUGGGGCCUACAUGGAUGGACUCAGGCUGGUCGCAGAAAGGAUUGUUGAGACGGGUGUUACAGCCUUAGUGCCAACGCUCAUCACCCAAGAGAAGUCUCUGUACCCCAAGCUCCUCAAUCUCCUGAAGCCUUGGUCGCCUCCCAACGCAGCUCACCUUCUAGGAUGGCACGCCGAAGGUCCUUUUAUUCAGAUGGCCAAACGCGGCGCGCACGCACCGCCCUUCCUGCUAAACGCUGCCGAAGGAUUCAAGUCUUUCGAGACGAUCUACGGACAAGACAAUCUGGCGGAUGCCGAAGAUUGGCUCAUGUCAUGCGGCCUGACCCAGGAUGCCCUGGGUGUUCGUAUCAUCACUGCUGCACCCGAGGUCGAUGGGGUCAUGUCGGCGAUCAACGAGUUCGCAAAGCGAGGUGGAUGCUUCUCUAUUGGGCACAGUAUCGCGACAACGGACAUGGCAACUACCGCCGUUCGGCGCGGUGCUCGACUCAUCACCCAUCUAUUCAACGCGAUGCCCCAACUCCAUCACCGUGAUCCGUCUAUCAUCGGUCUGCUAGGAUCUUCACCCUUCUUCGCCUCGGGAGCGACUUACACUCCGUUCCCCGUCUCGACCGCUGCUCACAGUAAGAAACCGAGCAACUCCGACACCACGGGAACGCCACCUAAGAAAGCCGCCCAUGCCUCGGAAGCUUUUGACGAAAUCGAGACGCCUCCUCAAACGCCUGUUCUCCUCGCUACGCAACGGGUUCAGGCGCAGGAUGACAAGGCAACUCUCCCCGGUACAGGUGCCAUCACGCCUUUACCACUCAGUCGCUCUGCCACCUACGUUGGUGGGCAGGUAGAGCCACUCCAGCGGCCAUACUUCGAGUUGAUUGUGGACGGUAUCCAUGCUCAUCCCAACUCGGUGAGAUUGGCAUACACGGCUUACCCCGAGGGCUGUAUCUUGAUUACGGAUGCAAUGAAAAUCCUUGACCCGCAUCUCAAAGAUGGUGUUCACCCUUGGCGUGAUGGGCGGAAUUUCGUUAAAGAAGGUGAUAAACUCUACCUAGAGGGCACCACCACUCUAGCUGGCAGUGUGGUGACGCUCGACAAAUGUGUUCGAAACUUUGCACAUUUCACCGGAUGCUCGCUUGCUGAGUCCAUCAAGUGCGCCACCUUCAACCCCGCCCGGUGUCUUGGAAUUGAGAACCGCAAGGGUACGCUUCGGGCUGGCGCCGAUGCUGACCUUGUCAUCCUCGACCGCCAGGGCAACGUCAUCAGUACAUGGAUCCGGGGGAAGGUCGUUUGGGGAAAAAAAUGAGCGUUUACAUGGCUCACGGGCGUUUAAGAGGAUUCUCCUAUACAACAGGGUUAAAUAUAGCUGCUAUGUAUCAGAUGUAAGUUAUCUCGUUUCAAUAUUCAAUGCUCAGACCGAAAAAUAUCG